AUGCUCCUGAACGCAUCAUGUGGUGCGCAUGUGUGUGUGUUUCAGCAGAUCAACAACAUCAGCUGUUAGAGGACCAGCAGAGGACCCAUCAGAGGACCCAGCAGAGGACCCAGCAGAGGACCCAUCAGAGGACCCAGCAGAGGACCCAGCAGAGGACCCAGCAGAGGACCCUGCAGCAGUAAUCUGAAGAUAAUCAGCAGUAGUAAUCAGUACUCAGGUGAACUGAGAGUCUCAUUCAGGUGUGACUAUGGGGAAGUUCUUUUCUCUUCUCCCUAAGCAGACGGGCCACGAUGAGGGUCAGGAUAGCCUGACCUCUCCUCUGGAGGACACCCAGACCGAGGACGGAAAGGGUGGAGACGUCUCCCAGUUUCCUUAUGUGGAGUUCACAGGACGGGACAGUGUGACGUGUCCCACGUGUCAGGGCACUGGGAGGAUCCCCAGAGGACAAGAGAAUCAACUGGUGGCUUUGAUUCCAUACAGCGACCAGAGGCUGCGACCCAGGAGGACGAAGUUGUAUGUCUCAGCGUCAGUGGCGCUCUGCCUGUUGCUGUCCAGUCUGGCUGUCUUUUUCCUCUUCCCUCGCUCCAUCGAUGUGUCCUACGUCGGGGUGAAGUCUGUUUUUGUCAGCUACGACCAAGACAAACGCAGCGUCUACCUCAACAUCACGAACACUCUGAACAUCACCAACAACAACUACUACUCCGUGGAGGUGGCCAACAUCACAGCUCAGGUGCAGUUUGCCAAGACGGUGAUCGGUAAAUCUCGCAUCAGUAACAUGACUGCCAUCAGUCCGCUGGACAUGAAACAGAUUGAUUAUAUGGUCCCCACCAUCAUCGCAGAUGAGAUGAACUACAUGUAUGACUACUGCACUCUGCAAACCAUCAAGGUCCACAACAUCGUCGUCAUGAUGCAAGUGACCGUCACCACCACCUACUUUGGUCAUGCGGAGCAGGUGUCUCAGGAGAUGUACCAGUACGUGGACUGUGGAGGGAACACCACCUCUAUCAGAGGGAUGACCCAACCGUUCAGUCUCCCACAUCCUGCUGAGUAACUGUCCUCUGUCCUCUGUCCUCCUGACCCUGGGAGCUAAAGCCUUCCAUGGUUCACUGUGUUCCUCUUCUCCUCCACCUACAGUGUCUAACAACCAGAGUUUACUUCAGUUCCCACACUGAGAUCAAAUCGUGAUGUUUCUUAUGGAAGCACGUUGCAUUCAGCAAAGAAAAAAAAACUAUCUAGUAAUAAUUAUAGCUUCUCAUGUCCUCAUUUUAAGAUGCUAAACAAUUAUCUCACAGUUACAA